UCAUCCAGACCUUUGGCGAUCUGUCUAUUAAUCUGUGACCUGAGUAUACUUCUUCUGGUCGUCGGAAGCAGGACAGUGACGCGCGCGCGCGAGACCAGGCUCUCUUGUCCGCGAGAUCUCCCGGAGUGAGGGAACGGGCGAACACAAGGCGGAACGGUGCGGUGGGGCCCCACGCACACACAGUAUGGGCAUAACCUGUCGGACGACGGCACGUCGCAGCGCUCCGAUCCAUCGCGGUGGAGCCCAGGACGGAGCGACUACGUCCGUCAGGUCGCCCUCCGCGCGGUACGUCAUCGCGAUGAUAUGAUCGUCCCCGUCGACGAGAUCGCGUCGAGAGAGAGAAAGAAGAGAGUGAUCAGAACAAGUGUCCGUCAUGUUCCACUAUCUGCAUCUCAGGAGUCGUUUUCUGCAGACCCUGAUCCUCGCGCUCAUCGGCCUGACCUUCUACGCGUAUUAUCGCACCACGGUCUACGAUGUUCAUCAGUACAGCUUGUUACGGAAUACCAGUUUCUCUGUGUACCAAGAAGGCCUGCACGUGCAUACAAAUCUCAGUGUGGAUGCGCGGCUGGCAGCAGCAGCGGUGUCCAGGAAUUCGGACAACGUGUCCGUUAGUCCGUAUGCAGCGCACAACGCGAGUAACAACUCCGGGAUCCUCAUCACGACGCUGUCAACGUCCUCCGGCGCGCAAUCCUCCGCGUCGUCUUCCGCGAGCACGUCGAUCAGCUCGAAGCAAAGUACGAACGAGAAGCCUCAGGUGGCGAAAGUCACCAACGCGACCAAGUCAGCGCCGAUCGCGAUUCGUAAUGAUUUGGCACGGGCCAUAUACGAGGCCGGGCACACGGUACCGAUCGCCGAGCGUUGCCCGAACCUCGGCAAGGACAUGGAAUUGGUGGUGAUCAUCAUGUCCGCGCCGACGCAUCUCGAAGCGCGAACGGCGAUCCGACAGACCUGGGGACACUUCGGCCAGCGCAGAGACAUGAGCGUGCUCUUCAUGCUCGGCACUACUCUGGAUCCUAAGGUCGAGGCGAUCCUCCGGAAAGAGCAGAACAUGUACAACGACGUGAUACGUGGCCGCUUCCUCGAUUCGUACUCGAAUCUCACGCUCAAGACCAUCUCGACGUUGCAGUGGGUGGACACUUACUGUUCCAAGGUGAAAUACCUGCUGAAGACCGACGACGACAUGUUUAUCAACGUGCCGCGGUUGUUGGCGUUCGUGAAUAAACACGCGAAGGACCAUAACGUGAUAUUCGGCCGACUCGCUAGGAAGUGGAAGCCGAUCCGGAAUCGCAAGAGCAAGUACUACGUAUCGCAGACGCAGUUCCAGCAAUCGGUCUUUCCGGACUUCACCACCGGACCAGCGUAUCUGCUGUCUAGCGACACGGUGCGUCGUUUGUACGACGCCGCUCUGAAUCAGACGUACCUGAAGCUGGAGGACGUGUUCACCACGGGCAUCGUCGCGCACAAGCUCGGCAUCAAGCGCUCGCACGCCAACGAGUUCCUGAACAAGCGGAUACAGUACACCGCCUGCAACAUCCAGCGCGGCAUCAGCAUACACAUGGUCAAGUACAGCGAGCAAUUCGAUCUCUGGAAGAAGCUGCUCGACGGCAAGAGCAAGUGCAAGUGAUAAUCACUAGCGGCCAGAGGCCAGAGGCGACGAAGGUCCUUGACGCUUGACCCUGACGAACCAAAUGGUACGAUCGUUACCGCCUUAAUGCGAUUUGAGUGCCCGGUUAAACGCCGACCGGCUGCCGACCAGCAGCCGUCGUCAUUCACCUCAUAUACGUAGUCAUUACACGCGAAAACGCACACGUACACACAUUCGGACUCGAAAGAACUCGAUGACACGCGUAUAAAAGUAUAGUCGGAGAUUGUAUGUCGUGGCUGACGAGAGACUUGGAGAGAUUUUACCGCUUAGAUUUUUACACGACGCACCAAAUGUCUCUCUCACACGACUCAAGCUUUUCCCAGAGGGGUCGAGAAACGAAAGUUGGUGACCUUUGUCUCGAAUAAAUUUUCUCCUAACUGCGAUAAUAUCUUGUGAAAAUUCUAAAGAAUUUUAUUUUAUUAUAGAAUUAAUUGUAAAGUUAUA